AUGCUGGUUUUGUCCUGUCUUGCAGGAGGAAUCUUUGAGUACGCAGAUGGCCCCAAUACCCAGGUUAUGAGUGCUGAGGAGCAAGCCUUCAGAUUUUCUGCCAAUAUUAUAAAUAGAAACAGAACUUUGUUGCCUAACACAACCCUAACCUACGACAUUCAGCGGAUACACUUCCACGACAGCUUUGAAGCAACUAAGAAAGCCUGUGACCAGCUCGCUCUGGGGGUCGUAGCAAUAUUUGGACCUUCCCAAGGCUCCUGUACCAACGCCGUCCAGUCUAUCUGCAACGCCCUGGAAGUCCCCCACAUCCAGCUUCGAUGGAAGCACCACCCUUUGGAUAACAAGGACACUUUCUAUGUCAACCUGUACCCCGACUACGCCUCCCUUAGCCAUGCCAUCCUGGACCUCGUGCAGUAUCUGAAGUGGAGGUCGGCCACCGUGGUUUACGACGACAGCACAGGGCUCAUUCGGCUGCAAGAGCUCAUCAUGGCCCCAUCGAGGUACAACAUCCGCCUGAAGAUCCGCCAGCUCCCGCUGGACACCGACGACGCGCGGCCACUGCUGAAGGAGAUGAAGCGGGGCAGGGAAUUCCGCAUCAUCUUCGACUGCAGCCACCUGAUGGCGGCUCAGAUCCUCAAGCAGGCCAUGGCAAUGGGAAUGAUGACAGAAUACUACCACUUCAUCUUCACCACUCUGGAUCUUUAUGCAUUAGACCUAGAACCAUAUCGCUACUCUGGGGUGAACCUGACCGGCUUCCGGAUCCUCAACGUGGAGAACCCGCACGUAUCCUCCAUCAUCGAGAAGUGGUCCAUGGAGCGGCUGCAGUCGGCGCCCAAGGCGGAGCUGGGGCUGCUGGACGGCGUGAUGAUGACAGACGCUGCCCUGCUGUACGACGCCGUGCACGUGGUCUCUGUCUGCUACCAGCGCGCCCCUCAGAUGACCGUCAACUCCCUGCAGUGCCACCGCCACAAAGCCUGGAGGUUUGGUGGCCGCUUCAUGAAUUUUAUAAAAGAGGCUCAAUGGGAAGGACUAACGGGACGAAUUGUCUUUAAUAAAACUAGCGGUUUACGGACAGAUUUUGACCUGGAUAUCAUCAGCCUCAAAGAAGAUGGUCUGGAAAAGGUGGGAGCGUGGAGCCCUUCCGACGGCUUGAACAUCACCGAAAUUUCCAAAGGACGAGGGCCUAACGUCACCGACUCGCUGAGCAACAGAUCUCUGAUUGUCACCACUCUCCUGGAAGAGCCCUUUGUCAUGUUCCGAAAGUCCGACACGGCCCUGUUUGGGAAUGACCGCUUUGAGGGCUACUGCAUCGACCUCCUGAAGGAGCUGGCCAUCAUCCUGGGCUUCACCUACGAGAUCCGGCUGGUGGAGGAUGGGAAAUACGGGGCACAGGACGAGAAGGGGCAGUGGAACGGCAUGAUCAAGGAGCUCAUCGACCACAAAGCUGAUCUGGCCGUUGCUCCUCUCACCAUCACCCACGUCCGGGAGAAAGCGAUAGACUUCUCCAAGCCCUUUAUGACGCUGGGGGUCAGCAUCUUGUACCGCAAACCCAACGGGACCAACCCCAGCGUGUUCUCCUUCCUCAACCCCCUGUCUCCGGACAUCUGGAUGUACAUCCUCCUGGCCUACCUGGGGGUCAGCUGCGUCCUCUUUGUCAUAGCCAGGUUCAGCCCGUACGAGUGGUACGAUGCUCAUCCCUGUAACCCCGGCUCCGACAUCGUGGAGAAUAACUUCACCCUGUUCAACAGCUUCUGGUUUGGGAUGGGAGCGCUGAUGCAGCAAGGCUCCGAGCUGAUGCCCAAAGCAUUGUCUACACGGAUCAUUGGUGGCAUAUGGUGGUUCUUCACCCUAAUUAUCAUCUCGUCCUACACGGCCAACCUUGCUGCUUUCCUGACGGUGGAGAGGAUGGAAUCCCCCAUCGACUCAGCAGAUGACUUGGCAAAGCAGACAAAAAUAGAGUACGGAGCAGUGAAGGAUGGAGCUACCAUGACCUUCUUCAAGAAAUCCAAAAUCUCCACGUUUGAAAAAAUGUGGGCUUUCAUGAGCAGCAAACCCACGGCACUUGUUAAAAACAACGAGGAAGGAAUCCAGCGAACGCUCACGGCCGACUACGCUCUGCUGAUGGAGUCAACCACCAUCGAAUACAUCACCCAGAGGAACUGCAACCUCACGCAGAUCGGGGGACUCAUCGACUCCAAAGGCUACGGGAUCGGCACUCCCAUGGGGUCCCCGUACAGGGACAAGAUCACCAUCGCCAUCCUCCAGCUCCAGGAGGAGGACAAGCUCCACGUGAUGAAGGAGAAGUGGUGGCGAGGGAACGGCUGCCCCGAGGAUGAGAACAAAGAGGCCAGUGCCCUGGGCAUCCAAAACAUCGGUGGGAUUUUCAUCGUGUUGGCAGCAGGCUUGGUGCUGUCCGUCUUCGUGGCCAUGGUGGAGUUCAUCUACAAGCUGCGCAAAACGGCGGAGCGCGAGCAGCGCUCCUUCUGCAGCGCCGUGGCCGACGAGAUCCGGCUGUCCCUCACCUGCCAGCGCCGGGUGAAGCACAAGCCCCAGCCACCCGUCAUGGUGAAGACGGACGCCGUGAUCAACAUGCACACCUUCAACGACCGACGGCUGCCGGGGAAGGACAACAUGAGCUGCAACACCGGGCUGACACCCGUGUUUCCCUAGGGAACGGGAACGGGGGGGGGCGGGAGGGAAGGAACUGCAGCAGACGAGGCUGGAUGCACUCUUAACUAGGGAAGAAAGGAUUAAAAAACAAGAAAAAAAAAUAGAAAAAAAAAAAAAAAAAGCCUGGUUUGGUUCAUUUCAAGAACAAGGCCUUUACAACACAGCUGCAUCCAUCACCGGCACGGAAGCAAGAACUUCAAAGCACGGACUGUAACAUGGGUCUUGGGGCUUUUCUGUUUUGUUUUUGUUAUUUUUCGUUCCCUUUUUUUUUUUUUUAACACUUAGAUCCUACAGGCCUCAUGGAGUCCAAACACACCACCAUCCAGGAGUCUGAUGUUUACAUACUGACAACACACGGAGGCGAAACAGAAUUGAGCCAAACCGACCCCCGGCGGGUACGGAGGAGCCCCCACACGAGGCUCCUCCAUCAUGGCAAUAAAUGGAACAGUCUGAGGUGCAGCCGAGCGUCUGUCCCACCGACACACACAGCACAGCUCCCACACCGUGUCCGGGAAGGGAGAGGCAUCUGGGAAGCACCACGAUGGUCAAAGCUGCGCCUUCUCUCAAAGCAUCUCACAGCAGCCCCUUCACCUCGGGCUGUGCUGGCCGUGGCCACCCACAGCUAGAGGUCCCUGAGGGUGAGGAGGGAGAAGACCACGCACAUCUUCACCAGGAGGUCCAGGAGAGCUGGCUGCGAAGGGGCGAGUUGGCCUGAAGGGAGUCGAGCUCCUGGCCAGGGAUGGGACAGUGUGUGGGAGCUACUGCCGCCUCCGGGUGACACCUCCACCAAGUCCAGCCUGAGGGUGACACCACCAUCUCCAGGUCUCAGCUCCUUCACUCUUCCCACAAAACUCCAUCUCUCCUGCAAAGAUGCACGGGAAGCACCCAAUCCCACGGGAAAUGGCCGAUCCCACAGGCAGCAAACAGGAACAGAGCCGUUUCCUAGAGCCAAACGGUACCAAUUUCCCUGAAAUUCAGCUCCGCUGCGGCCACGCUCAGCCCAGGAGAGGACCCUGUGUCUGGUCCAACGCUCUCCACGGCGUCAGAGACCCCACAGACAAAGUCUGAGCCGGCAGGGCCAGGGCUGGCCCGGGACAAGCAGCGCCGUGUGAGCCAAGCCUGACCCCCCCUCUCUGCCCGGUGAACCCCAGCAUCUCCACCUGAUUCAAGCAAACACAGACUAAAUGUAGUGUUUUUAAGAAAUCUUCCAUGAACUGUGUUCUUAUUUUCAGGUUGCUUAACCCACAAGCCUGGUCCUGCAGAUGAAUUUAGCCAGAAUUACCAAAGACCCCUCUGCUGACCUAAAGUAACACCCAAGCAACAUCACCCAGCUCCAUCCCUCCAGGGGAAGCGCCGGGGGGGGGCAGUGGGACACUCUGCUGAUUAAUUUGCAAAAUGAAACACACAGAAACAGCUCUGCCCAUUGGAACCCAGAACACCAUGAGGAGAGUGUUGCAAAGGUGCUUAAAAGCUGUGAUUUAAACACUGUCAUUGAAGGAAAGAGCAACCUCCUCCCCUCGCAGACGUGAGGGUGACGGUGACCUGCUGCAGACCGCGCUCUGCUGGAAACCCCUCCGGCACCCACCCCCAAAUCCCGCUCCGGAGGGAGGGCAGGGAUGGAGCAGCCCGUGCUGGAGCUCUGCACCCCCAAACCCCCUCCGUGUCCUGAGCACAGCGAGGUCCCACAUCCCCCAAGGAACCAGCAGCAGAACUGACCCCGAUUGCCCUCCCCACGCUGCAAGGCCUUUCUGGAGAGUUUGUCCUCGCCCAAAGGAACAAACCUGUUUGUAGCUGAUUUCAGCUUUUUUUUCCCCACCUGUUUCUGUCCCAGGCUCAGUUAGGAAGGCUGUCUGUAGAGCUCAUCACAAUUAGCAAAUUAGCUCAAGGGGAGAGAGCUGUUCCCCCCUCCCACCACAGAACAGAAUUUGUCCUUAUUUUGUUUUUUUCCAUGAUGUAAAGAACCAUCACAGUGACCCAAAGCAAAAAAAAAAAAAAUAGGUAAUUUGUCAUAUAUUGACUCAAGUGAAGAUAUGCAAAGAAUUUACGUUAAUUUUCACCUUUUCAUAGACACCAUGAAAAAUUUGAGGUGAAAGCUGCCAACUCAACAGGCAUCAUAUUCUUAACAGUUUGCUGCUCAAACACCUACAGCAGAGCAUAGAUGGGAAGUUAUGGGUCUGCUUCCCAAAGCUGCUGACAUCCUGCAGCUCUCUGCAAACCCGUAGGCGUCUCAGAGUAGUGGAUUUUGUUUUCCUUGCUGAUUUUUAAGCUCUUAGAAAAAGCUUUUUACAAUUAAGGCAGAGAUAAAAACAAAGCCUGAAACUGGCUUUAAACAUCCAGAGAGUAAAAUACCACAGAAAAUAGCAUUCAUUUUUCUUCUUGACAGAUUUCUAGAAAACAAAUAAAUAAAUAUUACUAAUACCAUAACCCCCAUUUAUUUAUCUUUGACACCGCUUUGAUUUUACUCACAAACACCCCAGAGUGACAGGGGAGUGUCCAGAAGGAGGGUGCUCUCUGCCAGCCCCACCGAACCUGCAGACAGAGCCCUCCCUGCCCUCCCCACGUCCCCAGAAACCAGCCCUGAGACAGCAGCGACCUCCGUGCACCUACACCACGGCCCGUGUUUGGUUCCCAACUGUUAAAACUUUUGAGGUGUAAGAGCAAGGAAGUGUUUCUGCACCGCUCAAACCGAGGCAGGGGCUGGGGGAGCCACUGUCUCCCUGCUCCCCACCAGCAUCCUGCUUCCAUCAACUGGGGGUCCCAGCCCCCAGCCCUCUCCCU